GACAUACUUGAUGAGCUCUAUUCUGAUAAGUCUACAACAGCAGUGAUAACUAAAAUACUACAGUUAAACAAUCAGAGUCUUGUGUUCCCAGGUAUACAGCUCUGCAAGUUAACAAGAGAUGCAUUCCUCUCGGAAUACAUUUUGAAAGCCAAACCCGGUCCAUUGCAGCAUUCUUCUUCUGACCAAACUACAUAUCCAUUGUCACUGCAAUCAUCCUUUAAAUGGCAGAUUAGCAUCAUGUAGUAGUCAUACCCAUGCUGAGCUAUAGCCGUCUUCAACACGUGGCUUUUAGGUUUUUCGAGCAUUCCCUGAGUUUUUCCAAGACGUCGAAGAGCGUUUCCUCCAGUACUUCCUGGUCGUCCAACAGGUAGUCCCUGGGGUCUUCCCCGAGGCCUUGCAGCUGGCCAUGAGGGGUAGCAGAGGGCCACCUCCAGGCAACACAGGAAGACAACCAGAGUGACAGCUGUGAAUAUCUUCAUUUUCUCCUCUCACAAUCGGGUUGGUCUCUUCGGCUAG